UCAGGAGGUGGCUCGUGGUUUUAACGUCAUAUCUCUCCUCUUGUUUACACCUUCCUAUACGUGAAAAUAUAUUUUAGCUGGAUUCAGAACCAGCUUCCGGCCAGUGUUUGUGAUCAUGAGCGUCGCGUGGAGCUGUGGAGCGUGUCCGGUCUGCUUUAGGUGCCGUUUAUCUGCCUUCUACUGAUUUCCGCUCCUUAGCGUCUCGCCACAGUCCCGCAGCGAUGUGCGGAGAAGGGGACGAGGCGCAGGACGACUGCGGCUCCCGGGAGGAGUGGACGCUGCUGUUCUGGACCUCCGUGGCCGUCGUGGUUCCGGUCAUCAUCACGCUGUGGUGCAGCGCACAACGCUCCAAGAGGAAGUCGCACAUGAAGGAUUUCUUUCGCAAGAGCAAGCACGGCUGGCAUUACACCGACCUGUUCAACAAGCCCACCUACUGCUGCGUGUGCUCCCAGCACAUCCUGCAAGGCGCUUUCUGCGACUGCUGCGGCGUGUGCGCCGACGAGCAGUGCCUGCGCCGGGCCGACCGCAGCCUGUCCUGCAAGGAGAUCAUGGCCCCCUCCAGCCCCGAAGGAGCCAUGGAGCAUCGCUGGGUCCGCGGGAAUGUGCCUCUGGCCAGUUACUGUGCUGUAUGCAAGCAGCAGUGUGGGACCCAGCCGAACUGCUCCUCCUUCAGGUGUGUGUGGUGCCAGACCACGGUGCACGAUGACUGCAUGGAGAGCUUGACGGAUGGAGACGUGUGCGACUUGGGCGAGUUCCACAACCUCAUCAUCCCCCCUCACUACCUCUACCGUGUCAACAAGCUGCGCCGCAGGCACCCCGACGAGUACAGCAAGCUCGGCUCUUCCUGUGGCAGCGGCUGGACUCCAGUGUUGGUCUUGGCUAACACGCGUAGUGGGAACAACAUGGGGGAGGUGCUGCUGGGCGAGUUUCGCACCCUCCUCAACCCGGUGCAGGUGUUUGACUUAUCUCAGCUGACUCCUUCCAAAGCCCUCCAGCUGUGCACCCUCCUUCCCCCCGGCAGCGUCCAGGUGCUGGUGUGCGGAGGUGAUGGCACGGUGGGAUGGGUGCUCGAUGCCAUCGAUGCUAUGAAGCUAAAGGGCCAGGACCAGUUCAUCCCCAGGGUGACCAUCCUGCCUCUGGGGACAGGAAAUGACCUCUCUAACACUUUAGGCUGGGGAGCUGGCUAUGCUGGAGAGAUCCCCGUGGAGCAGGUUCUCCGUAACAUCCUUGAUGCUGAAGUGGUGAAAAUGGACAGGUGAGCGGUGUUGAUAUUGAUGACAGACGCUGGAUUUCCUCCUCAGGUUCUGUCCAUGAACAACUACUUCUCUGUGGGGCCCGACGCUCUGAUGGCGCUCAGUUUCCAUGCGCACCGUGAGAAAACGCCCUCCUUCUUCUCCAGCCGCAUCAUCAACAAGGCUGUGUACUUCCUGUAUGGCACCAGAGAUUGUUUAGUGCAGGAAUGUAAAGAUCUGGAUAAGAGGAUCGAGCUGGAACUGGAUGGGGAAAGGGUGGAGCUUCCCAGUUUGGAAGGCAUCAUAGUCUGUAACAUCGGCUACUGGGGCGGAGGCUGCAGGCUGUGGGAGGGUAUGGGAGACGAACCGUGCCCCCCUACCCGGCUGGAUGAUGGCCUGUUGGAGGUGGUGGGUGUGUUUGGCUCCUUCCACUGUGCGCAGAUCCAGGUCAAGCUGGCCAACCCUGUACGGCUGGGACAGGCUCACACUGUCAGACUGGUUCUGAAGAGCUCCACGAUGCCCAUGCAGGUGGAUGGAGAGCCGUGGGCGCAGGGCCCCUGCACCAUCACCAUCACCCAUAAGACCCAGGCUUUUAUGCUGUACCACAGCGCAGAGCAGACGGACGAUGACGACGAUGAAACCAGCGCCUCUGAGACGGAGAGCCCGACUCCUCACGACUCACCCAGGGCGCCGGGGCCGGCGUCUGCUCGAGCGUGACCCGCCACAAACAUCGUGUGACGUGAAGCUCUUGUUAUCCUCGUUACUUAUUUCUGCCUAGUUUGCAUUAUUCCCUCCUUUGCAUUAGUCUUCCUCCUCCGAGGUCUUUGCAGUCACAUCGUGAUGAUUAGAACAGACGUUUUAAUUUAGAAUCUUUUCAGAGAGCUCACAGACGGAGAAAGAUUAGUUUGUUACUGAGCUGGCGUGAAUUGUUUCUUCGGUCUUUUAUCUGCACACUCCCCUUUUAACUCAGAGCUCAGGCAGUCUCUCCUUGGAGAGACUGCUCUUUAAUUGCACUGAUCCUCCGUGCCAUAGAUAAUCUAUAGACGACGAUACUGUAUUUAUUACUCUGUAUUUACAAUUGAAUUCUCCGUGCUGCCCUGCAGGUAUCGGUGAGCCAUUCUAACAGGUUGCCCAGGUUUAACCGACCCCUAAAAGCCAUGUUUAAAUCAACAGCAGGUGAUGACGUUGUGUUUGUUGAGAGAACAGCAGGUUGCGCUGUCUGCUUGAUGCUUUAUUUCCCACAAAUUUUGUAUUCCACAAAAAGCACAAAAAGUGAAAGACCUGCGUUUGCUGGCAGGCCCCAGUGGCUCAUGUGUCAAAUGUGUUAUCGUCUUUGAGGAGCCUCAUCGUCACACUGCCGGCAGGUUUUUAGUCACACAGGCUUUGAAAUGUGUGGACUCGAUGGGGCGUGGACUCUGAUAAAACCGCAGUGUGUUGUCAAUCAGCAGACAUCAGUGUUUACGUUAAAGUGCACUGCCAUUUGACAAACUGUUAAAUUAUAAUACGUUAAAGUGUAUAAACUAUGGUUGACAUUCCUGUGUGAGCUACAGGAAAUAGCCAGAGUUGCUGA